AGUGGGACACCUACCUACCAGCCUGAGCUAACCUCGCCUGCUGUAAAACGAGGCAGGAUCUGUAGGUAAAUGUAUCACAGUAACUGUAUCCUGUAGCUUUAAUCUGUCACGGACUCGGUUUACUGUAUGAAGUUUCCUCCUCAGCUGGCAACGCUCUCCAUUUCGCAACUGACUGACCUACUUAACUUACAACAGAGAAAAACAAAGUUCCUAAACGGCGAAUAGAGAAAUUCAAAGGAACGCCCCUCUCCCGUGAGAGCUAAAUACCUGCACAGGUACACACCACCGACCGGAGCAGCGGUAAACACGGUGCUGUCUGCCAAUGGCUGGAGCUGUGGUGCCCGGCUCGGUGUCCGCGGGGCUCCGGGCCAUGUUUCUCAUGCUCACACCGAACGAAUCAUCCUUUCAGAAAGUGGAAGAUGUUCCCCAGUAUGUGCAGCAGGCCACUCCUUUCUUUGUAGGGCUGAUGGUGCUGGAGCUAGUGGUGGGCGUGCUGAAGACAGGAGCCUCAGUGGUCACCAUCAGUGAUGGAGUCACCUCAAUAUCUGCUGGAAUGAUCUCCAGACUCCCACUUUUGUUAAUGAGAGGCUGUGAGCUGACUGGUUACAUGUACUUGUGGAACUAUUACCGCCUGGUGGAGCUGCCGUGGGACUCUGCCUGGACCUGGUGGUUCACCUUCCUUGGCACGGACUUCUGCUACUACUGGGUCCACCGCUUUGCUCACGAGGUGUCCAUCCUUUGGGCUGCUCACCAGGUUCACCACAGUUCAGAGUACUACAACCUCACCACCGCCCUCAGACAGUCCGUCACGCAGCAGUUCACAUCAUGGAUUUUCUACCUGCCCAUGGCUCUGGUUGCACCCCCCUCGAUUUUUGCCGUUCACAUACAGUUAAACCUCCUCUACCAGUUCUGGAUCCACACUGAGCUGAUCAGAGACCUUGGACCUUUGGAGUGGGUCUUUAACACCCCAAAACAUCACAGAGUUCAUCACGGGAGGAAUAUUUACUGCAUUGACAAGAAUUACGGAGGGAUUCUCAUCAUAUGGGACCGAUUAUUCGGUACCUUUGCUCAGGAGACAGACAAAGUGGUGUACGGCCUGGUGUUCCCUAUCGAAACCUUUGAAAUCCUCUACGUUCAGUUACACUACUAUUGGUAUUUGUGGCAAAAGUCCAACACUUUCGAUGGUAUCAGCGACAAAUUGUCAACUUUCUUCAAAGGUCCGAGUUGGAAACCUGGUAAACCUCGGCUAGGCGACCAUGUCGACAACCCCAAGGUUACCGGACAGGAAGUGCCUCAUGAUCCCAGCUGGUCGCUGCCUUUACAAGUUUAUGUGGUCAUACAUUUUCUGCUGGCGCUGGGGACUUACCAUGAUCUGUUUGAAAACAAGAUGAUGCUGUCACAGUUAACCAUUCUGGGGAUGGCCGGCUACAUUCUGCUCACUCUCACCUCCCUGGGCUUCCUCAUCGACCAGAGGCCAACGGCGGCUGUCUUGGAGAUGCUACGUUGCGUCGUCACGGUGACAAUGCAGAGGUACGGCUUCAUGAAGCCCCUGCUGCCUUUCCUGGCCGUGCCCACAGAGGCCUUUGUCUCCCUCUCUCUGCUGUACUGGGUUCUGCAGGGCUUCUCUCAGCUGCUCAGCAUCAAGAGGAAGGCCGACUGAGUUGAGACACAGAAAGAAUCAUCACACACAGUCAUAAUUGUUGACAUAAUUCCAUAGUAACACAUUUGAAUCACCUAAAUAUUGUGUACAAACGCAUCUGUCUGUGGCAUCCAUCAACGUCUGCUGUUUUCUAUUGAAGAUAAAGCCGUUAUUAUAGCUUCUGCUUGAUUCACUUUUUUACUGUUUAUGUAUGAAGUCUGUUCAUGGCUGAUGCUUAAUCAUGUAAAUCAGCCAAAGGACAUGGCAAGGUGCUUAACAGGUGCUCCAUCAAGUGAUCCAUUUUACUCUUUCUUAAUGUUUUUUUGUUUUUACUGUUAUAACAGAGCUAGUCUAUAUCCACCACCUUCCACUUCCGGGAUUGCUCCGUUGCAGCCUUUCUUUGUGUUGGCAUUUUAAACUCCGUUGGA